GUUCAGUAAGCAACAUUCCUGGCUCCCGGUACGUUCAGUAAGCAACAUUCCUGGCUCCCGAUGCAGUGGUGGAUACUAGUGUUGGUAUGUGCUGCAGUACUGCAGUCAGUGCUGACCACCAAAGUGCUCUUCCUGGGGCCUAUCUCUUCAAAAAGUCACAAGAACUUUUAUAUGGGCAUUGUUAAUGCCUUGGCGGAUGAUAACAUCCAGGUUACAAUGGUGUCGCCAUUUAAGCCAUCCAAAGUGCGGGAAAAAUGGUUCUUGAGGCUAGUCUUUCAGGCGCGGGUUCUUUUAUGUUUCCCUUUUUAUAUAGGUGAGCCCAGCAGGGUUGUUAGCACCAGCACCAUCAAUAAUAGAAACACACGCUUUCCCUCCUAUGAUGCAUCUUUCAUGUUGGAUUUCAAACAUCCUAUGACGUUCAUGGAGAGAGCAAUCAGUUCUCUCUCUGAUGUUGCUAUGGACGCUAUGUUAUUUUACUAUUUAUCACCAAGAAUGGAAUCUGAAUGUCGUCGCCGCGGCCUUUGUCCAGAUGAUAUGCCCAGUUUUUUCGGAAAUCGGUUCAAAUGCAAGUCUUGUACUGAUUAUAGUGCUCAAACCAUCGAUUACCCAAGCUCGUACUUAUGUUCCUCCCGUGGUUCUUGUGGAGGCAUACCCCUGCGUCCAUCACAACCUCUCUCAAAAAAGGACCUUGAAGACUGGGUACAAGAUGGUGGUGAUGCUGGCUUCAUCUUCUUCAGUCUUGGCUCAGCUGUCACGCCCUCCAGUAUGCCAGGGGAGUAA